GGAAUACUUGAUCAGCUGAGGAACACCUGAUAAACAGGGGGAAAUAACACUUUUACACUCAUGCAGAGGUCACAGCGAAUGAAAAACGUGAGCACAAUGAACACCGAAAAUACCCCACUGAUCGUUACCCAGGACGAUCCGUUUAUUCAAAGUUCAAGUCUUCCUCGUCGAAGAUAUGUCACAGAAGAACCCAACAGUUCGUACAGAGAAGUGAGAGAGAUUAGAGAGAGUUUAACCAAAAAUGGUGUCGCGGCAGAACCAGGAAGUCUUCAGAAAAUAUCUUCAAAGUACGAGAGCUUGGACUAUGAUACUCCUGAAAAUUCACUUUACUUCAGAGAGCAGAAGUCCUAUACCCCAGAGGAACGCCUUCGAGUUAACAUUAACAGAUGGGUCGUUAUGUUUAUCAUUGGAUUUGUCACUGCAGUUAUUGCUUUCGCUAUAGACGUGUUGAUAAUAAUGUUGGCAGGGUUUAAAUAUAAUGUAAUUAAAGACUAUAUUAGCCAAUGCACCAGCGGAAAUUGUAUGUCCAUUCCUUACUCAUUAUGGGUUGUACUAGAUGCUCUUAUGGUUUGCAUUGCAGCUUGCUUGGUUGUUUAUGGAGAGCCUGUGGCAGCAGGGAGUGGUAUUCCACAAAUCAAAUGUUACCUCAAUGGGGUGUUGGUACCACAUGUUGUCAGAAUAAAGACCUUGUUCUGCAAAACAGUUGGUGUUGUAUUUUCGGUGGCAGGCGGCCUGGCCUGUGGUAAAGAAGGUCCCAUGAUUCAUUCUGGAGCUGUAGUCGCAGCAGGAGUUUCACAGGGAAGAUCCACAACCUUCAACAAAGACUUCAAAAUGUUUCAGUAUUUUCGGGAAGAUCAUGAGAAAAGAGAUUUUGUUUCUGGUGGUGCUGCUGCAGGAGUGUCAGCAGCUUUUGGAGCACCUGUUGGUGGGGUGCUCUUUAGUUUAGAAGAAGGAGCAAGCUUUUGGAACCAGAGCCUGACGUGGAGAAUGUUUUUUUCAUCCAUGGUUUCCACUUUCACUCUCAAUGUCUUGUUAUCUAUUUAUAAUGGCACCCCUAUGGAUCUCUCAAACCCUGGACUUAUCAAUUUUGGUUCAUUUGAGGGUCAAACAUAUGCAAGCUACGAGAUACCUUUGUUUUGUGUAAUGGCAAUAGUUGGUGGCUUGCUUGGGACACUUUUCAAUGCAAUCAAUCACCGUUUGUGUAUUUUCAGAAUGAGGUAUGUGAGAAAGAAUUGGUUUCGUGUAGUUGAAGCAAUGAUAGUUUCUGUGAUGAGUGCAACUUUUGCUUUUACGUUGAUCUACUUCUAUGAUGACUGCAAACCAAUAGGAGCAGCAAACAUCACCAGACCAUUACAGUUUUUCUGCCAAGAUGGUCAAUACAGUUCUAUGGGGACCUUAGUAUUCAACACACCUGAGGAGUCCAUCAGAAAUCUUUUCCACUUGGAAGAGUCUUCAUAUGAUGUGGCGACGCUAGCUGGUUUUGCUCCAAUCUACUUCUUACUUGCCACUUGGACUUAUGGUUUGUUCGUUCCCAGUGGCCUUUUCGUGCCUUGCAUUCUUACCGGGGCAGCCUGGGGACGUCUCUGGGGAGUGGCGUUGAGGAAGUUGUUUCCAAAAGGGAACUGGGGUCAUACGGGAAGUUACGCACUUAUAGGAGCUGCUGCUACUCUUGGCGGUGUUGUCAGAAUGACGAUCAGUCUGACUGUUAUUUUAAUGGAGGCAACUGGAAACAUAAGUUUUGGUAUUCCCAUCAUGAUCGUUCUUAUGAUCGCUAAAUGGGUUGGUGAUUUCUUCAACGAGGGUUUAUAUGACAUCCAUAUCAAGUUGCAAGGUGUCCCUUUGCUUGGCUGGGAAGCGCCAUCGAUGGCCGUCGGAUUGAAUGUCAGUGAUAUUAUGAGUCAAAAAGUAGUUUGCUUCAAAUCAGUAGAGAAGGUUGGACGAAUAGUUGACGUAUUGAAAGACACAAGCUCUCACCACAAUGGGUUUCCUGUAGUUGAUUUCCUUGAAUUAAGAGAAGGAGAGGAAUCCAGUAAUGCAGACAGAGACACGGCCCCGUUCGGGACUUUCCGCGGCUUAAUACUUAGAUCCCAGCUUAUUAUUCUUCUUAAACAAAAGAUAUUCUCUGAGAAUAGUCGCCAAGGGAAAAAACAUAACUUGAUGUUGCAAGAUUUCAGAGACGCUUAUCCGCGAUUUCCUCCCAUCCGAAAUGUCAGUAUAUCAAAGAAAGAGAGAGACUGCUACAUGGAUCUUAGACCGUUUAUGAACCCAAGUCCCUACACAGUGCAUGAAAAUGUAUCCCUUUCGCGUGUUUUCAAGUUAUUCAGAGCUCUGGGACUCAGGCAUAUUGUUGUGGUAAAUGAAAACAAUGAGGUUGUUGGUAUAGUAACGAGAAAAGACAUCGCUCGUUUUCGAAUGUGGAGUCAUCGUGGUCAGAUUGGCCUAGAGGAAGUUCACAUUUUAGAAGAAAACUCCAUACACGAUUCUUUUUAAUCCAUUCACUUAAGAACGCAAUAGAUCUCAAACCGACCUUGGGUACUUAAAAUUGGAAUAAGUCUAAAAAAGCUUCUUAUGGUGGCUUGACUAAUUGUCCAAUCUACCAAGACGCCGUUCUCGGUGAGCGAAAACGAAGCUGUAGAAAGUUGUUUCCAUGAAUCGAGAAAUUUGAAAAAACUGCCGGGCUAUGUAGUGAGGUGUUGACUAUCGUCAAUGAGCGUGAUAUAUUUAGUAAUUGAAUUCUUAGGGGUCUAUUUAAUAUAAUUGCGAUUAAAUUGUCAAAAUAAAUGAGAGGUUGAUCCAGGGCGCCGUAUUGAAUCGCGAAAGUUAGAAAAUACUCAGAGGGAGUAUUUUCACCAAUUUUUUUUAAGAGACGGAGUGCAGGGAGAAGUCUGGGGAAGGGAUAGGUUUUCGUCGCCUCUCCCACCCGUCCCUCGUCUACUAUGUUGAGUUGUUACGUCACCCAAGGCCUUUCACGUCUUUUUUUUUACUAAUAUCAGACACGACCCGUUUUUUCGAUACUUUUUUGACGAAAAGAAUAAAUGAGGUAUAAAAAGUUAUAAACAGAAAUUUCAACUAGGCUCUGAGAUAUUUCGUGAAAGAAAAUUUAUUGACAGGUAGAUUUGAAAGUCACAUUUGAUAUAUUUAUUUUUUUAUUUGGAAACAGAACAUAAAUAAAAUUUAUAAAUAUAUACAUAUAUAUUAGAACAAAAAUAUAGAAUAACACUCUGUUAUGGUAACCACUUUAAGAGACCAAACGGUUAAAUAAAGUUAGAAAUACGGUUUUA